AUGACAGAAGUUGAAAUUCCUCAGUUUUUUGCUUGUCCCAUUUCGCUUCAGAUCAUGAAGGACCCAGUGACAACCGUUACGGGUAUAACCUACGACAGAGAAAGCAUCGAACACUGGUUGCUGAAAGCGAAAGAUUGCAGGUGUCCGAUCACAAAGCAACCAUUGCCACGAAACUCAGAGUUCUUAACCCCAAACCACACGCUUCGGAGGCUAAUCCAAGCGUGGUGUUCAGCUAACGAGGCAAACGGUGUUGACAAAAUUCCAACACCGAAAUCCCCUCUUAGCAAUGCCAACGUCGAAAAGUUCGUGAAGGAUCUAGAAAUUCCUCGACGUUUUCAAAACGCAAUGAUGAAGUUGCAUAACCUUGCAGUAGAGAACGAGAGGAACAUAAGGUGCAUGGCUUCAGCGGGUGUAGCAGAAGCUAUGGUGCACGUGAUCACAAAUCGUUUCAGGCAAGACAAAACGGCGUCGUGCGUUGAAGAGGCUCUGAGGAUUCUUCGUUUGCUUUGGAGUAGUGCCAAUGUGGUGGAGAAAAACCACAUGAAGAGCUUGGUGGGUCAGAACUGUGACUUUCUGAACUCGUUGACUUGGGUUUUGCAGCUUCAAUCUAAGAACAACGUCAAGGUAAUAAACGAAGCAAUGCCUAUAUUGAAAUUGACAAUUGAAGCCAAAGAUUCAACCCCUUUAGGGAGCUUAAGGCUUGAAUUCUUCAGAGUGAUUGUGAGUGUGAUGAAAAAUAGAGAACUCUCUCAGCAAGCUAUUAAAUCUGCAUUGCAUGUGCUCAUAGAAACGUGUCCUUUUGGGAGAAAUAGAACGAAGAUAGUGGAAGCAGGUGCGGUGGAGGAGCUCAUUGAACUUGCACUUGAAAAACCAGAAAAGAAUCUAACAGAACUCGUGUUCAUCCUUUUGGCGCAUCUGUGUUCCUGUGCUGAUGGUAGAGAACAGUUUCUGCAGCAUGCUGCAGGCAUUGCUGUAGUUUCCAAAAGAAUCCUUAGGGUUUCUCCAACCAUCGAUGAUCGAGCUCUUCAUAUAUUUUCCUUGAUUUCAAAGUUUCAGCAUCUAAUGAAGUUGUGCAAGAGAUGCUGA